UUUUCUUUCUUACGAAACUUUUAUACGCAGAACACUCUUUUUUUCAUGACAAACGAGACGUUUUCUCCUUUAGAGAAGUUGCCUUAAUCUUGCUGUUUUAGAGAUGAAGUUUGUGACAGCCCUUGUACUUUUGGUCAUCUGCUAUGAGAUAUCAGUGACGGAACAGAGUAAGACUAAAGGAGAGGCUCUAAAAGUGUUCAAACGAAGAGCCAAACGAAAUUCUGCAACGAACUGCGUUGGAAUAGCGAACAUGGAUGCGUACCUAGAUUCGGUAUUAUGGAAUGCCAAAAGUCAAAUUCCCGACCCUAUGGCUCUCCCUGAUGCCGAAAAAACUGUUCGUUUCAUAAACGGCGAAGUUCGUGGACUGUCUACUCUAUAUAGGAGUGGACACUCAUAUAUAUCUUGCAGUAAAAACUCAGUGGCUAUUCAGACAUCACUGGGACUCCGAGAUCUUAAGGGAUCCUACCAGUGGAAAAAGAAAUUAGGUUUCUUUCGUCUCAAAGGACACAUCUCUAUUGAGGUAACGAACUUCCAAGCUGUCAUUAAGAUCAGUCAAGAUCUCUAUGAACCCAAACCACAAUUGGACUCUUUCGAGAUUACAAAACUCAGCGGGAUAAAAAUAAAAAUUACUGGUUUGGGGCCGUUAACCUACCUAAUAUCCAAAUUUUCUACCUUUGUUGCCUCAAUCUUUCGAAAGAAAAUUGCAAAUGCUGCAGAAGGACCAAUAAGAAACGCCAUUCAAUCGGCUCUCAAGAAAGUAAAACCAGUUUUGCCCGAGUACUAAAUUUCGUUCUAAUUAAUCUCACAUUUCUUGUAUUAUAAUCCAUUACUACGAAAUAAGAGUAAGGGUUUUAUGCAGAAAAAAAUACACAAAGGAAUAUAUAAACAGAUAUUUUAGAAAUUAACUGUUAGAUCUCGGAGGUUAAAGGUAAUCAAUUUUUAGUUUUUUUAGCUAAUAUUUACUCAGAUUUUGUUUAAAAGCUCUGUUUUAUCUAAUAAAUUCUCAUAAAUGUAUUUCUCGCCGGGCUCAUUUUAGUAACCAGCUUAAAAAUAAUGUUCCAUUAUUGAGUGACAUUAACUGCAAUUUUCAUUUGUUUCCGAACGUAAGCUGAUCUAAGCUUCAUAAGAAGUACAUAAGAAUCUUCCAUACAUGCACUCUUUCAUUAUUGAAUUUCCAGAAGCAUUAUGUCUACUUUUACAUGUAAGAAAGUCACUAUACUGAUUAGAUGUACUUUAUGCAUUGAACGAGUUUGACUCUGA